GUAAAUUAUAAUGUAAAAUAAAUAGACAGUACACGAGGUUAUCACGACCUUGGCCAUUCAAACGGAAAUAUUUUAAUCAAAAUAUUUGAGGUUUUUGCCCAAAACUGCUUCCGGGUAUUUCUGUCAGUUCCAAACUGUCCAAACUGCAUCACGUUUCGGGUUUGCUCAUAUCAUGGAAGCCAAGUUUUUCUUUGCAGCGUUGGUUCUCAAUGCUCUUUCCCCCAUUUCAGGCUUCAACCAAGGUAGGUUAAUUCGUUUAAUUUGUUUAGUCCAAAGUUUGAAGAAUUAUACAGGAUUUGGUAUGUAUUUAUUCAUAUAAAAACGUCAGACGUGCUAGAGCAGAUUUGACCUCUGGCAUCAUGGCUCAUAGUAUUAACCAAGGCGAAGCAAAACUGAACAAUCUUUGACCACACACAAAAACUCUUGCUAGAUUUCUUCAGAGGAGAAGCUACACUUUAGGUCUAUCUCAGUGGGCAGGAAUUUUAGUCCCCCAAUCAAUUUAAUCUCUAUUACCCUCUUGUUCAGCGCUAAAUACUAACGGAAGCUCAGGUGAUACAGUGAUAAUUCAAGUCAACGAAACCGUGAUCUCAAACUUUUUCGUAAGAGGCUGCAUGCGUUGCUCUAAAUUAUGCCCUGUCAGAUUAGGCAUAUGUUGCUUCAGUAUAGUGAGAGAGGAAAGCUUCCGUUUUCCUCCUAACAAUUUGGUCAUGUCUUGUACUUCGCUGCUAACCAACGCAAGGUUUUUUUUUGUCAUAAAGCCAGUCUUGUUCUUUCAUGAUAACAGGCCUCUUUUCUCUGAGCAAAGUAUUUUUCUCUCCUAACAAUUUGGUCACGGUAGCCGUCUUGUUUCUCGAAAUAUGAGUCGGAGGCCUAGUUGCAUUGACGAAAUAGUGAACUCUCUCUUUUUUCAUGAAAGACUGUAGUUCUGAGGUACGCGCUGUCAAAUCAAAGCAGACAUUGCGAAAUUAAAAGGUGAAACACUAGUUGUGUUACGCAUACCAGAGUAAAUAGGAUUCACACACUUGGUAAAUAAUAGCAAGGUAAAGUAAUCUGGGUUUACAUUACGGCACGUUUCAAGCAUUCGCCGAGGCGAUACGAGACGAAAGCUUUGACCACACACAAAACAGACUUUCUAGAUCGCCGCGCUAUAGGGGAUAUACGAAACACAAGCGGUGUCAAACGGAGGGGAAGCAUUUUCGGCAGCCCAAGCAAUAUUUUACAAUCUUGCUCGAAAGCCGCAACUAGUGAAAGCCUUGUUGGUACAGGCAAACCCCGUUAUUACGUAACUACAGUCGACUCUCUCUUAACGGACACCUCUAUAAGACGGACACCUCUGUAAAAUGGACACCUAGUGUUGGUCCCUGCCUUUGUUUAUUCCCUUUAUUUGACUCUUUAUAAGACGGACAAAGGUGUCUGUCUUUCAGAGAGUUGACUGUACACUGAAGGGGCCAUGGAAAGUAUCGCGGAGGGGUACUUUAGGAAUUUCUGGGUGGGGAUGUGCCUCUGGGACUCUGGAACCCUUUAAAAUAGCUGAAUUUUGUUAAAAUACUGAGUAAACUCCAAAAACCAAUAUCCUUUGUAGCUGUUUUUGGUUUAAAAAACCAAUGAUCAGUUUCCUGAAAAAUGAUACACUAUUCUAGACCCAAACGCUCUGAUUUAUAUACCCUAUCUAUAUCCUAGACUAAACUGCCUGAAAACCAUACCCUUCACAGCGGCACAUACCUAUAUAGCCCAUAUAAGGCAGUACCCCCCGCCCUCGGGAAAGUAUCCGCAUUAACGAGGUGUCCGUAUUAAGCGGGUCAUCUUAUUAAAGCCAAAAAAAACUUUAAUUAGAACAAAAAUUCUAAAAAAAGAAUAGAGGACAUAAACAUCGUCAAAUUAAACAUCUCUUAUAACCUUCACAAAGCCGUCAUUCCGCAGACUAAAUCCACGAAAGACUCAAAACUUAAUUAAUUGCUCAUCUGGUAUUACUUAAUCAAAAACCGUGCGUUCUCUACAUAACUGUCAUAACUCGUUUGAUGCCAAAAUCGUUUGAAGUUGACGUCUACAAAUCAACCUAUCCGGUGUACUGUAGCGCUGGGAGCAUCGACAUGCUGUCAACUGAAGGUUUUAGGAUGGGUAAGACUGGCGAGAAAAUGCUUUCAAGUCAGUCUGGUUCGAUUUCUCCUUUUUUCUGACUUUUGUGACGUAACGACCCCUGAGUGACCCCGAGCAUGCCACAUAGAACGUCUUUUGUGCGCGGACAACUUAAUUGUUAAAUUACUUCGGCGAUCCUAUUUGCCCUUUGGCCCGGACAAGGCACAUUUUACGGCAAAAAAAAAAACAACAACAACAACAAAAUUAAAACCUGAUCGAUCAUUGUUUCGAUCGUUUUAUUACGAACUGAGCCUAAGUUUUUUUGGACAAAACGACCAUGGAGAAGAAAUUGAUUUGGAAACUGAAAGGCUGACUACGAGCAGUCUCUCUUUUUUCUUAGUCCGUCGAAGGAAACGCGCGAUACACGAAAAUGACCACGCGCGGGACUGAAGGCGCGAGAUGGACUCACUCACUAAAUCUAAAGAAAAAGAGAUGCUGCUCGCAGUGUAAAAAGGCUUCACCAUCGUGACAUACCUAUUGCUUUCUUACGGGAAUACUCAAAUCGCUUUUUUACUUGCUUUUUUGUUAUUACACUUAAUUGGUCUUUGUUAAAACAGCAAGAUUUGGAUACCGUCAUUAUUAUAAAAGUUCUUACUCAAUAUAAUUUGGCGAGUUUUUUUGGCGUGUAUAACUGAAUUCAUAUUGCCUUCACUACCCAGAAAGACACCCAUACAAGAGUAGAAACAGGUGCCUGUAGGUCAGAAAGGACCUCAAAGCCGGUUUAUUGCAAAAUUACCGUAAGAUUACAAGACCGCACUUAGUUACAAAACACCCUAUGACGGAAAAAAAAACUCUUAAAAAAGCUAAGUACGACACCGCCGGAUACGAAAACCCAAAACCGCUUUGUGGAAAAAGGAAACGUAUACCCCGGCACCUGCUGACUGAUCAGCUGCGGUGCCGACAACUCGGGAGCAGAGGUCCGCAAAAAACGACGACUGCCAAAUGCUUACAGAAAAAAAUAACAAAAUUGGCAAAUAAAAUAAAAGUUAGGAAUGAAUGCUGACCUAGACUGAUUCAAAUUUGCAACUAAGCAUAUCUCAUGAGAAAGCGGCCCACAAUUCCUCCUAGCCGACCCAGUCCUCUCGUCCGUGCCGGCAAAGUAGCUAUUUCUGUCUGUUCCGUUAUAAUCUCGUACCUAGAUCUCCCACGGCCAAGGGAAAGGGAGAUCUCACUUUUCAGUGUAAAACAGAGUGAGAUCUGGGUACGAGAUUAGUUCCGUUAUACUACACUUUUCCAGAUGUGAUACUUUUCUUUCCGCUGACUCCACCUUCAUUUUGCUACUUUUUCAAAUAAUAUAGGUUCAGAGAAAACUACAGUAAAGACAAUUUAUGAUGAUAUAGCCCACCUCACGUGUUCAGCGAAUGGUAACCGUUUGCCUUCGGUUAAAUGGGAAAGAGACGGAAAAGAAUUAACGGAUGAAAGUUUAGGCAUAGUCAUCAUAUCCUGGAACAAUGGUACACAAAUCAACAGUCACCUGAUUAUUGCGGUCAACGGUGAUGAACGCUGGGGAAAGUACACUUGUGUUGUGUCCAGCGAUGGCAAAGAAACGCGGAAAACUUUUCUCAUAGAGAGAGGCGAGAAAGGUCAGUUAAGAUGGUAAUCCAUGUUACUAAUCGAUAUUAGUAAAAUCCAACUAGUGGUCUAUUAUCAAUGCUGCGUUCUGAUUGGUUGAGCUACUACCAGGCUAUAUGUUAUAGCCCACUAGUAGCGAAAAGCGCGGGCUUUUUGGCGGCAAAAAAGGAUUUAAGUCUAGCUUUAACUAGUUAAUUUUUUUAUUCUCGAUAUUUUUGACCAAAUAGUUGGAUUUUACUAAAAUAAUUAUUCCUCUCGCCCUCACGGCCUCUGAGUCAUUCAGCCUUCGGCCUCGUGGGCUAUUGACUCAGAGCCCAUUCGGACUCGAGGAAUAAUUAGGGACUUUAAGAUCCAACGACGCGGACGACAACGAGAACGUCAAAAAAACAAUUGGUUUAAUUAGCAAAACAACAACUUCACACGUGCAUCACACUUUUUUGUACAUUUCUUUCCCGUUUUUGCAGGACUACGACGUGAAAAUGUGUAAUUUCGGGUUUUAUGGAGGAAGUAAACAAGCAACGACGAAAUUUUAUUUCUCUUUCUGAGCUUGACUUUGGUCCCUUGAAAUUCAGCUUCAGGAGGGUUCGCCUACAAUUGACAAAGUAAGUGGGUAGGAAUAAUCGCUAUAAAGACUGAAAGAACGCAAAUUCACUUUACACCCAACGUCCUUGUCGCCGUCGCGUCGUUGGAUCUUAAAGUCCCUAUUGUUAAAUAUACGACGAAAGAAGGAUAAAAACAGCAUAAAGUUGUAUUAUACUUGCUCAUUCGUUAAUCUGAUAUAUAUAAAAAAAAAAACGAAAAAAGGAAAGGUUUAUACAUGCUUUCUUUUUUGUUAAAUGAACUCGCAGGAAAUGGAGACAAAAAGUUGAAGAGUGUGGAUUUAAUCGCCAUUGGUGUGGGGUUUGGAAUAACGCUAUGUUUAUCUCUGAUGAUCCUCUACUACAUGUUACAAGGAAUUAGGCGUCGUAAACGAGAGAACCCUGAUGGCGAAAAGUCUGUAAAUGGAGAGGUAAAUGUGUAUAAAUGCCUUUUUUGCCGCCAGGUUUCAGACAGAUCUACGUCGACAGUGGAUUGCUGCUGGUUUAUUACUGUUUUCCCAUAAAAAGUACCGCUCCCUCUAUCUCGUCUCCUGUCUCUCCUUGUUCUUAGGUGACGCGUCUGGCGAGUGUCUUGGAGAGGUUGUCCUUUUCCGACGACGCACUGCGCUCUAUUUUCUUCCCGAAAAUGUCUCGUGACACGUCUUACAUGACUUAUGUUAUGUCCUUUUCAUGGAAAAAUAGAUCAUGUUCAGUAGUCUCAGCUUGGACUAGCCCGUUUCAUUUUCAUUAUUUUCCUACAAUUUACCUACUCUCUUGGAGUUUCAAACUGUAUAACGAAGUGGUGUUUUUACUUAAUCGUUGGAGUAGUUUUAAUACGUCUAACAAAGCUCUUCCGAGUAGUUUCGAUGUGUCUCCUCUCACAUUUUUCUUUUGUUUUAUUUUCAAAACAGGUGAACUCAGGGCUUGACGGUGAUACUGCCUUAUAACUUUGUUCCAGUUCAGUUUCGCGCCAUUGUGCAUGCCUUGUCGGUAGAUCAAGCCACAGAGCUGUAGAUUGUUAGCUGAAUGCUGUGGUAGCUAGCGCUUGCUGCAAGAUGGCACAUAUUUAUACUAUAACUAGUUGGAAGUUAGUGAAGUGCGUUCAAUACCCGGGAGGAAAUAUCUAAGAAUUCUUUGUUGGCGAGUGCCUAUGGAGUAUGCCAGCUGGAAUUUUGCCACUUUAUACUUGAUUGGUUUAGUCCAGUCCAGUCCAGAGUCCUGUCCUGGUUUUCCAACUAGCCAUCACAACCUACCCUAUCCCAUACAAACUAUCAAACACAAAACUCCAGUUCAUCAUACAACUUAUCAAUUGUUUGAUAAAUGAUACCCUGGCCCAGACGAUUUUCAACGACGAUUUUUAGCGGAACAAAGCGUUGCAAUGUUGGAACGACGCUGGAGCUAUUCGAAACAAUGUUGCAACAAUGUUGCAACUUUGCGUUGGGGUUAAAUUCGUCGUUGCGAAUCUUCCCAUGUAGCAUCAUCUUAAAUUCUUGGGAAAACAGACCCUUGAUGACGGUAGCAUAUACCUGUGUAGCCCACAUACGGCACCCCCCCUCCCCCCUACCCCCGGAGGUCGGUAUUUGAAAGUAGUCAGUUAUUUUGUAUUUUAAGAAAGAUAGGUUUGUGUCAUUUCUAGCAUAUUUAUGACAAAGCAUACUCUAGAAAGGUUUACCGGUAUAUUUUGACUGGUUAACUGGAAAUAUAAAAGAAACCGAAUGAGAGUACAGUUCUUUACACUUUUUUUCCAAAUAUGGACAUAUUUAGCGUACAGCUGAACAUCGAUUUGAACUUGAUAGCGACCAAAAUUUAAAAAAAAUAGAAAAUUAUAAAAGUUGAAAAAUUGCUUACAGAGACUUACAGUUUUUGCUUAUUUGCUGAUAGAUAUAAGCUUUAUUUAUAACAUUAUAUAGCCAA